AGUAGAGACAUUGCUACCUAUGGGAAGGGGGAAGAGUCAAGAUCUAAGUCAAUCAGCACGUUCUUUUAAAUCUUCCCAAAUAUUUGUAACUAAUACAUAUGGCAAAGGUGUUGAUGAUGAAGACCUUCCACUGAGAAACUGAUCUUAAUAUGAAUGGAUGAUGUUUGGCUAGCAUGUGGGGAAAAAAAAAAAAGGAAAUUGAAGAGCCAAUGAAAAAUGUGCUUAAUUAAGUGUGAAAGGUAUUGUCCUUGCUAACCACAUGACGAGCUCCGGUAAAGAGCUUAGCUGGCCAGAUUAAAACUAAAAAAUUGUCUCCUCAAUCCAUCUGCUAACUCCAAGGAGCUUGCUUUCAACACAGUUUGUUAUUUCUGCAAUGAAGUGGAAUACUACACUAGCUUUGGAAAGAAAAUCAUCUGAGACAUUUUGACUGAUUUCUAUUGCGGUUUAAUAAUACUAAUCCUUUUAUCAAAGACAAUUACCUGUGACGUCAGUACAUUUUUGAGAAGGGAAUGCUCUUGGGUGUUUCAGUAACACAUUUAAAGCAACUGACUGCUAAAAAGGGAUUUUUUCCCCCCCUUGUCUUUGUUUUUUAAUGAUAAUAAAUAUGCUGAAUUUUCCCUGGAAAAUCCAUCUGGGUAUCUUCAUUUUUGUGUUGAUUGAAGGUGAUCUUCAAGUAUUUACAGCAGAACCUUACUCAGCUGCAGAGGAAAUCAAGGCUAAAGAUACUACACCAACAACUCAACCCAAUGGUUGGCGAUUAGUAAACCCUUCCCUGUCUCCUGAAUCCACACAACGUACUGAAUUCAUGGAAAAGGCACAACACAACCGGCGUGUGUUGCUUCGAAGAAAGAGAUCUAUCCUGUUCUCUAGUGGAGUUAAAAUUUGCCCAGAUGAGACUAGUGAGCAAGCUCUGGCCAACCAUCUGAAAUUCUUCAAACUCAGAGUGUGCCAGGAAGCAGUUUGGGAGGUCUUCAAGACAUUCUGGGAUAGACUUCCAGGGCGUGAAGAAUAUCACUACUGGAUGAAUUUGUGUGAGGAAGGAACUAUGAGCAUCUUUGAAAUGGGCACAAACUUCAGUCAGUCUGAAGAACAUCAGAGACUGAUUAAGAAGAAACUCUCCUAUACAAAAGAAGCAAUGGACGGUGCCUGUAGCGACUGGUCCUGUGGGUAAGUCAUUUUUACUUUUUAAAGCUUGUGGCAAGUCCCUACUUAAUUUAGUUUACAUGUUGCAGAUUUUGC